CAUUCAUCUGUUCAAAUAAUUAUACCCAAGUAUAAACACCAUGGGAAUGUCCAGCCAUCAUAGCGCUCAGGAAGGAGACGGGCUCUGUGUCCCAGAGAUGAACGUGCUUUGGUCCAAAAUGUGCAUAUCAACCCAAGAACAAAAGCAAAAGACCUUGUGAAGAUGCUGGCUGAAGCUGUGUAGAACAUUGUUAUCCCGACCAACCUCCAGUCUCCACGAGGAGGAUGUGUGCUGCGUGUUUCGGCCGCUAGAGAGCGACAGAGUGUCGUCCACGCCUGGCGUAUUUGGAAGUUGGGAGAGCGUGCGUCCCUACACAACCAAAACAAUGAAAGCUAUCAUUCAGAGGGUCACCAAGGCGACGGUGACAGUGGGAGAGGAGCAGGUCAGUUCAAUAGGACGAGGACUGUGUGUCCUGCUGGGUAUAUCAGUGGAGGACACCCAGAAGGAUGCUGAGUACAUAGUACGCAAGAUCCUGAACCUGCGGCUGUUUGAAGAUGAGACUGGGCGAAUGUGGAGCAAAAGUGUCAUGGACAAGGACUUUGAGGUGCUGUGUGUGAGCCAGUUCACACUGCAGUGUAUUCUGAAAGGCAACAAGCCAGACUUCCACUCAGCCAUGCCUGCAGAGUUGGCCCAGCCCUUCUACAAUAGCAUCCUGGAGAACAUGAGGAGCAGCUACAAGCCAGAGCAAAUUAAGGAUGGGAAGUUCGGGGCCAAAAUGCAGGUCCACAUUCAAAAUGACGGACCUGUUACCAUUGAACUGAUGUCACCUACUGGCCCCACAGACCCAAAAAUGCUGUCAAAGCAGGAGAAGCAGCAGCAGAGGAAAGAGAAGACGCGCUCCAAGGGACCCUCAGAGUCCAGCAGGGAAAAAGGUGCUCUCCGUUCCCGACAGGACCCCAACGCCAGUAGUGGGGCGGACGGCGAUGUGUCAUCAGAGAGGGAGCCCUAGAUGUUAAACCGGGGACAUAACGGUGAGCCCAGUUUUCCUCAGGAAGGCCUUAAUCCUCGGUGACUCUUACACCUGAUCACGGACUGUUCUCCUUCCUUUGGAAAUCAGCAGGAUUCUUUUGGCCUGUCGCAGAGCAUCGUCCCCUUGCCGGUGUCCUUGGCUCCUCUCCUCCAGAACCAGAUAGGAGUGGCUAGGUGUAAAGUAAAGAAGCAGUUUAACCACAAGACUGCCCAGUUUUCUUAGAUUGGUAAAGGGAGUUUUAAAAGGGUGUACGGGAAGGGAGCAGACCCCAGCAGUGCUAUGCUGUGUGGCACAGUAGCUUUCUGUGCUCUCUUACUGUCUUUUUUUCCUGCUGUCUAUCUUUCCAUGUGUCUACCUCCAUCUGGAUCUGUCUCUGUCUGUCUUUCUCUUUUCAGAUUCUCCCUGCCUGUCUCACUCUCAGCCUGCUUUACCCACUUAAUCUCUGCUUAGAGACAUGGCACUGACCCUGAAGCAUAACUCAGCUCCAAGACCUUGGCUCAUAGUACAGACACAAGAACAUCAAAACAGUGACAUCAGAAAGUCAGGAACAGCCUUGCUAUAUUGAUUGCAUCAGUGACAUGUCAUGAUUGCUAUAUACCGUACGUGUAUGUGUAACAUCUAUUUUAAAAGGUUAUUUCACCUGUAUAAACAGACUAUAUGUUUCAGGUCUCUGGUGCUCUGUAAAUUACAUGCAUUGUGCUCUCUUUUGGAAAAACAUUGGCAAAAUGGAUGAAUUAAAAAUUUUAAAACUGAUUGAAACUACAACAAAAACGCAAAAACAACGCACAUUUGGUGUCAAGCUAAUGUCCCCUUUUUCCUCCAACAUGUGUGGACAUGUGCCUUGUGUUGCACCUCAGCUUGCUAAAUUAGCUAACAAACUAACAUCUACCAGGGGAAAGGGCUAACGGCAGGCAAGCGAUGUGGCUAAUUAGCUAGUUAGCUGAACAGCUUACCUGCAAAUGUCAACAGUGGUUGGUUGAGAUGCUAAAUGGUGUGAUCUUUGCUCUCCAAUAGAGUGCUGCAGGAAUGAUUCCUAAACCCUGGAAAUGAAUUAGCAUCAAUUCUUGUUCCCUCAUCUCAAAGUCAGUGGGUGUUUUGAAUGGGUGUUUGGUUUGUCUGAAAUAAAGUCUGUGGCUAACAUUAACUUAAAAGAUUUGCAUGUUUUGUUGUACAACAUCAAAUACAUCAGCAAAUACUAGGGCUGAAUUAUUUUGGAAAACAUCCCUAACUGAGAUUGCAAUUUCAAUAUAAUUCAUCAUAUUGGAGGGAAUGAGCAUUUGCAUACAAAUUAUUCUCAUUUUCAUUGAAAAAAAUAUAAAAAUUGACCCUCCAUCCAUUAUCCUUAUCCUCACCAUCACUUAUCUGAACUGGGGUCGCGGGGGCCUGGAGCCAAUCCCAGCUGACAUUGGGCGAGAGGCUGGGUUCACCCUGGACAGGUCUCCAGACUAUCACAGGGCUGACACAUAGAGACAGACCACCAUUCACGCUCUCAUUCACUCCUAUGGCCAAUUUAGAGCCACUAAUUAAAGCUAAGCUGCAUGUUUUUGGACUGUGGGAGGAAGCCGGAGUACCUGGAGAGAACCCACGCUGACUCGGGGAGAACAUGCAAACUCCACACAGAAGAGCUGCAGGCCGGAAUCAAACCUGCAACCUUCUUGCCGUGAGGCAAGGGUGCUAACCACUACACUUUUUUUUUUUUUUUCAGAAACUGACCCAAAAAGAUUUUUUUUUCCUAAGUCUGUAGAAUGCAAUUUGUUAUCGAAGAGAUCUUUUAGCACUACAAUACUUAAUUCAGAUUUGUAAUCAGUCCGAGAUUUUCUCUGUUUUUAUCAUCUAGCUGCCUUUGUCAGUGUUCUCUUCUGUUGAGUUCAGGCUACUGAACUCGGUUUCACUGCCUGCUCACUCGGCUUUGGUCCAGGCACAACAUCUGAAAUGCUAGCAACGCCUACUCCCCCCACUUUUAUGCAUUAAAAAUCAUGGUGUUUAAUUGUAAAAAUGUAUUUGCUGAAUAAAACGCAUACGAUGAAUG